CAAGGAUGGAUCAAUGCUAGACGCGGGCCCUCGACGUCGUUUUGGCUGCGUUGCGACUCCCUUUUUUUUUUUUUUUUGCGACAGCCAGCUUUUGCCUUGAGUACUUUUGUCCUUCGUGUCCACUAAUGCCAUAGACAGCCUCGGUGAACCCUACCAACAUAUACCGACAACCCUCCCCCAGCGCCCACACGCCUCGCCGACCUCACCCGCCCACCCGCGCGCCGCCGGUAGUUAGUUCGCACGAGCGACCAUCCUUCUCGUGGCCUAUCUCGAGACCGACCGCAUUGCCCUCCCGCCGUCCCUUCAAGUCGCUCCGCAAAAUGUCCAUGUGGCUUUCGGAUACCCAAAAGAUCGGGGUAGCCUUCUGCACCGGCGGAGGCUUCUUCCUGAUCGCGGGCGUCAUGAUGUUCUUUGACCGGGCAAUGCUCGCCAUGGGAAACAUCCUCUUCCUCAUCGGCCUCACCAUCAUCAUCGGGCCCCAAAAGACGCUGCUCUUCUUCGCGAGGAAACAAAAGGCCAAGGGCACGGCCGCCUUCUUCCUCGGCCUCAUCCUCAUCCUGAUGAAGUGGCCCCUGAUCGGCUUCUGCGUCGAGCUGUACGGCAUCGCGAUCCUGUUUGGCGACUUCCUCGGCACCAUCGCCGGCUUCGCGAGGAACGCCCCCGUCGUCGGCCCCUACAUCGGCCUCCUCGUCGACCGCAUCGGGCUCGGCGGGAGGCGCAACACCGAGCUCCCAGUCUGAGUCCCCGUUUGAACUAUUCGAGUCGAGCCACUUCUAGGGUCGCGAUCCUGCGCCACAUGUUACGAGUAGGAAGAAGCCUUUAGACUUGUCGUUAUGUACACUUUUGGAAAGGCGUUCAAGUGUUACAGGAUACCCAGUUCAUAUACCACAGUCGUGAAGCCGAGAGGUACUGUCUCGAGUAGUCCUUGUCGAGUAUUCGAUGGUAGCAUCCUAGGCUGCACUCGGCUGUCAGGGCGAAGAGCGGGGGCAUGCGUGUGGACAACAUACAAUGACCAGUUGUUGAACCUUGAAUGAUUCAUCUGGCAGAAUCCGCGCCCCGCCACUUUCAUCACGGAGAACAAGCAUGUGAGAGAAACAGUGAAGCCAAGAGACAUGAAGAGGCGAAUAGAAAACGAAUCACAAAGCCAAAGGACAAGGAAAACAGAUGCGUGUUCUUGCAUAUGUAUUCCUGGGUAAAGUCUCAAAUAUAGAACAAUCCUGGCCGGAAGCAGAGCGGGAUGAAGCCUCGCGACACCCGCCCAAACCCAGUCCCUCUUUCUU